UUGGUGUGUACGGAGGUGUGUACUUUGCACAGAAGGAUUCGACACACGAGGAACAUGUCGGCUAGUAAGCUAAAGGGUCUUGUUGCCGUGGUGACAGGAGCUGCAUCAGGACUAGGAAAGGCCACAGCAACACGAUUUGCGAAAGAAGGUGCCAAAGUAGUCCUUGUGGAUUUGUCAACAUCAAAUGGACAAGAAGUGGCCAAUUCUUUGGGAGGAGACUGUGUGUUCCAACCAGCUGAUGUAACAUCAGAGAAUGACGUAAAGGCAGUGAUGUCCUGUGCCGAGUCCACAUUUGGAGGGUUGAAUGUGGCGGUCAACUGUGCUGGCAUUGGAAUAGCAGUAAAAACAUAUCACCCCAAAAAGGGGCCUCACCCUAUGGAUCAGUUUUCUAGGGUUCUUCAGGUAAAUACGAUCGGAUCCUUUAACGUGAUGCGAUUAAGUACAGAACUGAUGAUGAAACGCCCCUGUGCUGAGUUGGAGGAGCGUGGCGUCCUCAUCAACACAGCUAGUGUCGCUGCCUUUGAUGGACAAGUCGGCCAGGCUGCCUAUUCUGCCAGUAAAGGUGCCAUUGUUGGGAUGACCCUCCCAAUUGCUCGUGACCUUGCUCCGUGCAAAAUCAGAGUCUGCACUAUUGCACCAGGUCUGUUUGACACGCCACUGUUAGCCUCGCUACCUGAGAAGGUCCGUAAGUUUCUUUGUGACACUGUACCCUUCCCGCCGCGCCUUGGAAACCCUGACGAGUACGCUCAUAUGUGCCAGUCAAUCGUUGAGAACGAAUACAUGAAUGGUGAAGUUGUUCGACUUGAUGGAGCUCUCAGGAUGAUGCCGUGAUAAUGUUUAGUUUUCAGAUUUAGAACUUUGAAAAUUGAAACCUUUGAUCAAAUCUUGUACAUUCAUUAAUUUUAUUUUGUGAUAUAAUUGUGAGAUUCGUGUUUUUGCAGCAAAGUCAGAACCUUGUGGAGAUGUAUUUUUCAUUAUUGAUGAAGUCUAAACUUUAUUUGCUGUGAACAUUUAAGGGUGUAUGUCAGGUGAUUUCUUUAAUAUAUCUUUAAAAAGAGUUCCAAAUAUUCAGACCGAGGAAGAGAUGCAAUGCAUUGGUUACGCUCAUUUAAUAAAUGAGGGAAUUCAUCUGCAAAAACAAGACCAAAACUCUAUAGAAUGUGUUAACUGUUAAUAUUGAAAAUUUUAGCCAUGUUAAAUGUGAUAAUACAGUAUACAUGUAUUAUCAAAUAUAGCUAAAUAUUUAAUUAUUCAGGAAAUAUUAACUGUGUGCAAGGGCAAAUUUCCAUAAAGUUAAUGAAAGAUGAACUUGAUUGACAUGUACUGUGUUUUGUUGUGACAAGUUGAACUUGUAAAGCUGUGUGAUUACAAAUAUGGUAUGAAAUGUUUUGGAGGUAUGUGGUUCAGUCGGCAGAAUGACCUCUUCUGACUGGGUGUGUGCAACAGUAGCAUGUGUGAUACAUUAACAA